AUGAUAGAGAAGGUUUCAUUCGAAUCGAAAAUGCGAAUGAAACUUCUCAUCGUUUGUUAUCUUCUGACAUUCACAACUGCCGAUGAAGGCGAUGAGAGCUUUAAGAAGAUGUGCGAUUUCUGGAGUGGCGCUCAGAAGAAUUACCGAGAAAGACAAAGUUCUAAGGCCAUGGAAGGCGACAAGUGUUCAAUGGUUUUCCCAGUGGUGUCUGCCAAUCAAGGCGAGGCCAGAAGAUAUUGUGAGGACAAUGUGCCAUUUCACAUUCUAAAUGUGAAAAUUGACAAAUCCACGACAACUUGCGAUGCUGAAGCUACACUCAAAUGCGAACAAGGAUGGGUUCAGAUGUUCGGAAGAUGUUAUAAAAUUGAAAAGAAAAUGAUGAAACGGGAUUCGGCUGUGGAGUACUGUGCCACUUUGAAACCAAAAGCAAGAAUCGCUUUCAUGCAUAGAGAGGCAUUGCCAUUCAGAAUCAAUGACUACUUCUCUAAAGUGUCUCGUGUCUGGAUCGAUGCUAGUGAAGCCAUCACCAAUGACCUGACCUACGUAAAAGGCGAGAACCUUCUUCUGGCUCUCGACGGAUACAAAUACGCUCUACCGAACAUUGCUCUUGCCAAAGUUCCUUCCGAUGAAACUGCAAUGGCUCUCUGUGAAUACACUCCUACUAUGAAUCAAGCAGAGAGUAAUUACUUGUUGAGAAGAUACGGAGAAAUCUAUCAUACGAUCCUUUUCACCCCAGACAGAGCUUAUGUUCGAACUGCCAGCAGUUUGCAACGUAGUGACAAUCGGAAGAGAGACAGUAAUUACUGUAAAAAGGUCCUGAGACCAUUCCUCCACAAUGAUGCUAUUGCUCAGUCCGCGGAUCCGAAUACAGAUUUUCUGGGUCUUUUAUCCAAAGAUCGGGAUGCUACGAUUAUCCGGACAUCUGUCUAUUCUCGUGACGCAUCUGUAAACAAUCGAAAAAAUGCAGAAUGCACGGAUAGUAAUUCAAAAAAUUAUGGUUAUGACUACAUGAGUACAAACUCGAGUCUUCUGUUCAAAAAAGUUCCUUCUGAUGUUUGGGCGGAAAGCCAACCAAACGAAAAGUGUGAUGCAGGUAGCUGGAGUACUGGAAUUUUCUUCAGCCGCAAAGGAGAUCGAAGACUAGAAACAAUGUCCGAUCCCAAAUACGCACCCAUUUAUUGUCAGACGAAUUUCGAAGUCAUGUCCUAUGGUGCCUGUCCAUCUGGUUAUACAUCGUAUUGGCGAAAAACAAGAGGGCAAAAAUGGUGUCACAAAUUCAUCAACCAGAAAAAAACAUUCGAUGACGCGCAAAGCUAUUGCCAGUCAGAGGAGAACGGAGCAUUCGUUACUGGUUUCACAGACAUGGGAGAGUUGGAUCUUCUGGACAAGAUGAUGGAUGAAGCCAUAAAAGGUGGAGCUCAGUUCAUUCGUAACGAUGCGGCGUAUCUCGGAGCUAAGCGACGGGAGCAAUGCAAUAGUAGAGCACAGAUUGGACAGAAAUACGGUGGUUUCAACAAGGACCCCACACAUCCGUGUUCUCGUGAUCGGUUGUUUGAAUGGAUCGACGGUGUUGCUGAUAACCCGCCGUUGUUCAAAGAUAACUGGAUCACUGAUUCCGAGCCAAACUUUGAGGGGCAUGAGGCGUGUGUACACAUGAACAAAGGACCGCAAGCUAGACCCGGAUGGCCAAAAAGGGCUGAUAAGACGUUCAACGAUAUCAGUUGCUGGCUUGACUAUUACUUUUUCUGUGGAAAAGAAGCGCCCAUCGUUUCAAUGGGGCUUAAGAAUUGA